UGAUACGUGAGAAACCUCGAGACAGCUGCCCGGGCCACGCAGCGGUUGUCCGCAUUGGCAGUUGUACUACUGUCUUCAUAAGUUUCAGAUGACAUCUGAGGGCGCUCAUACAUUUACCAAGUACGGCUGGCUCGUAUGUCUAUGGGUCCUCACUGUUUCGUUCCAGUAUGGUUAUCACACGUCCGCUCUGAAUCAGCUACAAGCUGUCCUGACGUGCAAAAUCGCUGAUGCAACUACCCCAAUGUACUAUGGUCUACCCACGUGUAUCCCCAUGUCCGAUGCAACAUUCUCUGUAGUGACAUCCAUGUAUACCAUGGGAGGCUUCUUUGGCAGUUUGAGUGCUAACAUUGUUAUGGACCGUUAUGGGCGGAAAGGUGCUUCUCGUCUCAGCGCUGUGCUCACAGCUGUUGGUUCAGCCGUAUUUGGACUGUCUUCUUCCGUAGGUCCACUGAUCCUUGGCAGAUUUCUUGUUGGUCUCGCAGCUGGCCUAGGCAUUUGUCUUUGUCCAAUAUACCUGUCUGAGAUAGCACCAGUCAAAAUCAAGGGAAACUUGGGCGUUCUAACACAGUUGGCUAUAGUCAUCGGUAUAAUGGUCACCCAAGGAAUGGGCUUCGGUCUUGCUACUCCCCGACAAUGGCGUUUUGUACUGCUCAUCUCAUCGGGGAUAUCCAUUUUCCAGUAUUUCAGCAGCCCGUUUGUCGUAGAGUCCCCUUCGUAUCUUAACCGAAAGGGACUGGUAGAUCAAGAAAAGUUAGCGAUUCACAGAUUGUGGGGCGAAAUCCAUGAUGCUUCGCGUAUAGAUCCUGAAGAACAAGACAGCGAGGAACCUCUGUUACCAGACAGUGAUAGCGCCACAGAAAGCCCCUCAGCUGUCCGCCAACCUGCAAUGACUAUUCCUCAAGUGUUUGCCUCUACUGAACUUCGCCGGCCUCUAUUGACAAUUAUUGCCGCUAUGACAUCCCAACAAAUAUCAGGAAUUAACGCAGUCUUGUACUACAGUAACGAUAUACUCUCUAAAUCCCUUCCCGAACUAGCAUCAUAUGUUUCGCUGGUAAUCACAAUUGUCAACUUUUUCAUGACUUUUCCGCCGAUCUUCCUUAUUGAGCGAGUGGGCAGGAAACAACUAAUCCAAUUAUCAGUUGCUGCCGCUCUUCUAUCUCAUCUGGCUGUUGGCUAUGGGCUGAAUAGCGGUCUCGUGACUUUGUCCAGUAUCGCAAUCACCACUUUUGUCAUGUCGUUUGCCUUCGGAUUAGGUCCUAUUCCGUUUGUCAUCAUCCCCGAGGUGGCACCACCCCAUGCUGUGUCCGCCAUUUCAUCAGUGGGUUUGUCGCUGAACUGGUCGAGCAAUUUCGUCGUUGGUCUUAUCUUUCUUCCGCUGCGCAAUUUCCUUGCAAAUGGCGAUCCUAUGAAGGAAGGAAGAAUAUUUUAUCUCUUUGCAGUGGCGCUAUUCUGCUCGACACUUUGGUUUUCGAAAUUAUACAGGGGUUAAGAGGCUACAGCGGCUCGUAUGUAGCGUACAUCUAUGGCAAUAAUUCACUAUUCAUUGACUCA